UGAUCACCCCCGCCGCUCGGCCCUCAGGAACGCUAGGCAAUAAAGUCAUGAAGUUUUCAGAGAAAGAAGAUUUCCCCGUCUGCCUGGUCACUUGCAAGAGUAAUGAACAGCCGCUCUCUUCGGAAAAAAGGUACCAGUCAUCUCAGACAUCAACAUCUUCAUCAGCAUCUCACAAGAAUGAUGGGAAGUUGGCGAGUUCGCUACAGGAUUUCUCUUCUCAGGUCGGAGCGAGCGGCAUUGUCAUCGACCACCAAAACGGACUGGUUAUCACAACCGCCUUGCCUUUCACGGAGUAUAUCCCUACUGAACAUGGCGGAGUAAAUGAUCACCUAACGAAUAAUGAAUUAGAUGACUCUGUGGACCAUUAUAGUUCGAAUGAGUUCAAGAACUUAUCAGUUUCUGUCAUUUUCCAAAGUAGAGUUAAAAAGGAAAAAGAAGAGGGAUGCGGCUUGCAGUCAUCUCUACAUAGAGCCACUACCCCGCACCGUCCAAGUGCGAAUAAGGUUUUCUCGGCAUUGCACCAACCCACUGACAUAGCAACUUCACACGUUGACGAUGAAGCGAGUGAUUCGUUUGAGGUAUACGAUGCGAGAGUCCUCUUGCUAUGGAAAUGCAAAUCAUUCCAUGAUGAGGUUCAAACGCUCAUGCCAGUCGCAGAUGGAUGGGAGUUGGACUACGGAGACAAGCGUGGAGAGAUCGGUAGCAGUUCCCAUCUUGAUAGCAGUAAGGAUGUGGUAGUGGAUGGGGAGGCGGAGACGAGAAAGGAUAACUUCUUAUCCUGGUUUGCUCUUAUCCAACUCAAAGGAGAUUCCCAAAUGUCUGCCCAAGCACCUAUCAACAGAAUAAUUCCAAGUACGGGUCUGCAUCUAGCUCAGCCCGUUGUGGCCUGUGGAACUCCGUUUGCAACGCUCAGUCCGUCCAUCUUCUACAACAGUCUAAGUCGGGGUAUCAUCACAAAGCAUUGUGGGAAGGAUCUGGUCAUGACGGAUGCAAGGUGUAUGCCGGGCAUGGAAGGAGGAGGGCUGUUUGUGUGGAAUAACAAACAAAGAUAUUUAGCUGCCAUGAUUGUAUCUCCUCUGUGUUGGAAAGCCAAUGAGUGGAUUGGCCUGACUCUUGCUUGCUCUAUGACGGCCAUCUUGGAUUCCCUUCAAGGAAUGACCUCCAUUGACCUUUCGAGAGUAAGGUCGACAAACUUUGGAAACAGCAGUCAUCAUUCGCAUCGUAGUAACACAGAAACAUGUCCGAAGCAUUUUCAGAGCGUAGUUCUGUUGCGAGUUGGAACAGUGUGGGGGUCAGGGGUUGUCAUUGACAUGAACGAAGGGCUCAUCCUGACAUGUCGACAUGUAGUGAAGAGUUCAGCUCAAAACCAAGUGAGUGUGAAAGUUGCCUCUGGCCCAUGGAUGAAAGCAAGUGUUCUACAUACUAACCCAGCGACCUCACCGAUUGACCUUGCUAUUGUUCAGGUCAAAGGUCAACUUGAUACCGCUUCCUCCGUCAGAAUCAGAAUGGGUUCUACCUAUCAAGAAGGAUCUCAGGUAUAUGCUGUUGGAUUCCCUCUCUUUGAUCCCAGCCUAAGUUCAACGCCCUCGGUGACUACAGGGGUCGUGUCAAAGGUCAUCACAAUCAACCAGCAACCAAUCAUGAUACAGUCUAGCUGUGCUGUUCAUGCUGGAGCAAGUGGGGGCGCCCUGUUAUGUGCAAAGACUGGGAAUCUCGUCGGCAUUAUUGCAAGCAACUCAAGAGAUAGUGAGAGUGGGGCCUCCUUCCCUCAUGUUAAUUUCAGCAUACCAGUCGACUGUUUCAGACAUGCAAUACAGCAAUACAUUAGCACAAAAGAUUCAUCGUGGUUCAAGGAAUUAGAGAUGACGGACGAGAGAAUUAAAUCGGCCUGGGCCCUGGAGGAGACAGGAACUUACACAAAGAGAUUCCCAAGCAAGCUUUGACGUUGAUGGAAACUUAGGAAGGAAGAGGGGAAGGGUGAUAAAAACCCCCUCUCAGAGAGGGCUAAGGAGGAUGCUCUUAAGGUCACUGCAUACAUUACGAUUGGUCUACCACCCAAUUUUGGAAUAAAACAGUGUAGAAUUUGAUGCUAAUAAAAGGAAUACCUUACUGUGUAAUGUUCUAAAUCAUUGUACAGAUACCUAUUUUUAAAUCUGCGACUGUGCUAUCAUCCUUAUUAGAAUUAAAGCAAAUUUAAUAUGUAGUCAUAAUGACUUGUACGAUUAGCUACGAUGUAAAGGCUCGUAAUCAUCCAAAAUUGUUAUACUAGUUUUUGUAUUCAAUUUGAUCCUCAAAUAAAGAGUCUUUUCAUUCACAUUUUCAGACUAUGAGCAAAAUACAAUUUGUUCCAAAAUCAGAUUCUGGACCAGUUGUAAUGUGUGCGGUGGCCUUCAUGCAUUUAUAUCUUGUGUAUUUUGAACUUGUGGUAUUUCGAAAAAAUGAUUACAAUCAUGUCAUGAUGGCGAUAGUGAUUAUCAUGAUGAUGGUACUGAUGGUGAUGAUGAUGAUAGUGUCCAUGAUGAUAAUGAUGACAUUGGUGAUGGCCAUGAUGUUGGAGAUAAUGAUCAUAAUGAUAUUGUAACCGAAAUCACCUUUGAACUUUGCUCACCAGGUUCUUUCACAAAAAUACAUUGCGUUUUCAACACAUUCUCACAUGCACUCAAUCCUCAGUCUACUCACGUUUUCACAAUCUGUGCUCUCGAUCAUCAGACAAACUUAAUUAGAAAUAAAAUAAAAGUCAACUAAAUUUGAAAUUACCUUCAAGUUUUGGUCUUGGCCUUUAUUAACACUAAACUGGAGCAAUGGUUACACAAAUAUCUGCUCCCAAACACUUCUCUUCUUCUGGAUUCCGAGCUAAGUUAGACUAGAGCGAUACACCAAAAUA